AUGUCUCCUUCUGCACCCCAAAAAGCCUUUGGACACAGUCUCCGCAAGGACUUUUUCCUCGAGUCUAAAUACGUUCCUGUUAACCACGGAUCUUAUGGUACCUACCCCCGUUCUGUGCGUGCUGUUAUGCGUGAUUACCAGGAUAAAGGCGAGGAACAGCCAGAUAGAUGGUUCCGCCUAGAAUUCGCAGCUGUCGUUAAGCAAAAUCUUGAGCGAAUCGCUUCUCUUUUGCACUGUGAUAGCAAUGAUAUUGUAUAUGUUCAGAACGCAUCAACUGCUGCCAGUACUGUUCUUCGUAGUCUUCCAUUUGAGAAGGGGGACAAGAUCUUGUGUUAUUCGACUGCUUAUAAUGCAAUUGAUCGUGCUAAUGAGUAUGUGAAAGACAGCAGAGACGCUAAGUUGAUCAAGAUUACUCUUAACUACCCCAUGAGCGAUGAAGAGAUCAUUCAGUUGACAAGAGAGACAAUCGAGAAAGAGCAAGCGAAAGGUGACGGUCGUUUCCGAAUCUGUGUAAUGGACGCUUUGAUUUCCAUUCCUGGUGUUCUAUUUCCUUACAAAGAUGUCACUAAGCUUGUCAAGAGUUAUAAUAUGCUCGCUAUGGUCGAUGGCGCCCAUGCUAUUGGUCAAAUUCCUUUGGAUUUGACAGCACUGGAUGCCGAUUUUUUCUUCACAAACGGCCACAAGUGGAUGUUUAUGCCCCGUGGAUGUGCUGUACUGUAUGUAGCUAAACGUAAUCAGGGUCAUGUUCAUCCCUUAUCAAUCAAUGCCAAAUACAUGCAUCACAAAGAUGCUCAAGAUAAUUCUUCUUUCCAAAACGAAUUUGGUGGUUUGUCAACCACUAUCGACUGUGCUAACUACUUGUGCGCUAAUGCAGCUUUGGACUAUCGUCAGUCCCUUGGUGGUGAAGAUGCAAUUAUGAAGUAUUGUAAUGACCUGGCUGUCAAGGGCGGUGCUUUAGUUGCAAAAAUUCUAGGUACGGAAGUUAUGGAGAACAAAGCCAAAACCCUGACAGUUGCCAUGGUCAAUGUGCGUGUUCCUGUUGGAAAGACAACUAAGUCUGACGCCGAACUUACUGCUUAUUUUAUCAACGAACUUGUUUACAAGCACAACACUAUGAUCUCGGUAUUUAAGCACAAUGGUCUUUGGUGGGCACGCUUCUGCGCUCAAGUUUAUGUUGAGCUUGAGGAUUUUGAGAAAGCAGCAAAGGCUUUAUUGGAAGUAUGCAAGACCAUUGCCUAG